AUGGAAUCUUAUAUUCGAGGUCUUAUUCCUAAUUUGGCUCAAUUGCAUGAUAUGCUUGGAGCUUUUGUUCAAAUGUAUUGCCGAAUUGUUGCACCCAAACUUUUCUUCUUUUUUGAUCCCAAUAGACGAGGGAAGGCAAGCAUAAAGAAUGUGCUGCUUAUUAAAUGUCUUCAAGAGCUAAUGGAACUGCACAAGGAAAGUGAAGAAGAAGUUACAGAUACUGAACAGGUAGAAAACUGGUUUUCCAUGACAUCUGCACAGCAUGUAUGUGAUAUGUUCCUUGCACUUGAUAAAGAUAUGAACAGAACACUGAGCAAGCAAGAGCUUCGAGAACAUGCAGACGGGACACUCACGGAUAUUUUUAUCGAGAGGGCUUUUGAUGAGCAUGUACGUAGGGUUAAAAUGGGAAGAGGAAAUACUCGGGAGAUGGACUUUGAGAGUUCCAUAUGUUUUACUCUUAAUUGCAGCCAGGAUAGUAGUCUACCUACUGAAUUUGAAAUAACCGAGUUUUGUUAUGAGCAUGGAUCUAACAAGAAGAAUGUUGUAGCUGUAAAAGUAUAUAGAUGGAGUGAUGGUUCUUAUCUUGAAGAUCAAGAUCAUUGGUGGUUGUCUGGCAUCCAUAGAGAUGUGCUCCUUUUAUCCAAGCCAAAGGUAUUCAUUGCAUAUUAUUUCUUCAGAUCAAGUUCAGCCGAAAGUUCUACCUAUGCAGAUUUAGAGAUCAAUGACAUUACAAAUGUCAAAAUUGAAGCCACACUAUUUGAUAUCAAUACCAAUGAGGGUUCCAAUCUACUAUCAACUAACGUGGCCAGUUUGGAGCUUCAACAGCCCUCUCGUUUUCCUUUAGGGUUUCAUGGGUAUCGAUUAGAAGGAAAACUGAGAAAUCCCAAGCUUUGGUCUGCAGAGCAAGGGUUACUCAAGGAAAAUGCAAAUGGUGGCAAAUACCGGGCAUAUGGAGGUGACUUUGGAGAUACACCAAAUGACUUAAAUUUCUGCUUAAAUGGUCUCGUAUGGCCUGAUCGGACUCCUCAUCCUACUCUUAAAUGUGGCUCUCGAUACUUGUGUUUCAAUGAACAAGAAGAGUAUACAGAAUUAACUGUUAUGCAAAGGGAGAAGAGUGUUUAA